UUGGCGGCUAGGUCUGAGGGAGGCUUGGGUCCCGGCAUGGCGGGGACCCCGUCCGGCGGUGCUGCUCUGUUCUCCUGUCCCCCCAACUUUACCGCGACGUCCCCAGCUUCAGAGUCCACUCGUUUCUCUUUGGAGGUGUUAAGGGAUCCAGAAACGGAACUGUGGCUUAUCCAGGCUCCUAUAGACUUCGCCCCAGACUGCCUCAAUGGGCGGCUAGUGCCUCUCUUGGGCUCCCGGAUUGUGAAGGGCAAGUUGGCAGGCAAGCGGCACCGCUACCGGGUCCUCAGAAGCAGCGGCCCCCAGGCUGGAGAAGCAAUCCUGCUGGCUCCCUCAGGGGAAGCGGGAGGCGGACUCACCUGUGCACCAGCCCCCCAGGGCAGCCUAAGGAUCUUUGACGGUCCCCAAGAAUCCCCCUCCGGGACCCUGCUGCAGCCCAUCCCAGCAAGCCCCCCACCACAGAUCCCCCCUGGCCUGAGGCCUCGGUUCUGUGCCUUUGGAGGUAGCCUCCCGGUAACAGGGCCUGGAUCAGUCUUGGCACUGAGGUCACCAGCCUCAAGGAAGAGGAAGAAGAAGAGCCAUAUACCAGAGGCCUCAGUUCCCCAGGAGGCGGUGAAUGGGCUUGGGGCCCUGGAGGUGGACACAGCUUUGGGGUCCCCAGGGGUGGAUGUGGGGAAGAAGAAAAAAAAACAGGAGCUAAAACAACUAGAGGUGAUGGAGCCCGUAGCAGCAGAACCCACGGCUGAGAUGUCGGAGCCCCCGGGGGCACUGUUUCUGUCCACCACCAAGAAGAAGAAAAAGAAGCCCAAAGGGCCAGAAACGGUCGAACCAGAAGAGCAGACACCGGCGCCUGAAGAAAAGCCGGCGGAGCCGGAACUCACAAUUAAAAGAGAGCCUCUGGAAGCGACAGUCUUCUCUCCCACCAGGAAGAGGAAGAGGCAGAAGGGGACAGAAGGGAGGGAGCCAGGGGAAGGGAUGCCGGCCGAGUCUCCGCUGCAGCUGCGGCCACGGGAGGAAGCCAACCCGCUGCCAUCCUCCAAGAAGAAGAAAAAAGAAAAGGGGUACAAAGUAAUGAUGGAGCCAGGGACCGAGGCGAUAGAGCCGGAGAUGGGCCCUCUGGAGCUCCCAGGGGGGGUGAUGGAGCCUGAACUACCACACGAAGUUGAGCCUCAGGCUGAGGCAGCUCUGGCGUCCACCAAAAAGAGGAGGAAGACAGAGAAAUGGCAAAACGCGGCGGGGGAGCCGGGGGCAGAGGUGGGGGAGCCUCAGGUGGAGCCUGAGCCACCAGGGGACCUUGAGCCGCAGCCAUCCACCAAGAAGAAGAAGAAGAAAGAACGGGGCCACAAAGCAACGGAGCCAAGGGCCGAGAUGAGUGACCCACAGGGGGAGGUGCUGGAGCUGCAGCUGCCAGAUGAGGGGGAGCCUGAGGCCAGGGCAGAUCUGGCGCCCACCAAGAAGAGGAAGAAGCGGGGCCAGGGGAGUGGGGUGCCAGAGACGGCAUCCCAGGACGAGAUGCCCGAGCCGCCGCUGAGUCUGGAGUCGGGGGAGGAGGUGGCUCCCGCAGGAUGGGAGAAGAAGCGGAAGAAGCUACAGCAGGAUCCUGUGUAGUCUCCUCCAGGGAAACUGAGGGCUGCAGUGAAGAAAAGCUGGAGGUGACCACCUGGGCCAGCAGAGAGCAAGCGCAGAGGACUCCCCCACCCCCACCCCACCCCUGCUCCCGGUGACUGCCCCAGCAUGCCAGCAGCAGCCUGAGCCAGAAAACGGCUUUAUUAUUACACCGAGGGCCUUCUUCACAGCUGCGGUCAUCGGUCAUCGGGGCACUUUCAAGAAGGGCUCGUGUAGGACAUCAAACAGCCUCCGGGCCUGGGUGAGAGCAAGAAAGAAAGGAGGGGCGGGUCAUUAA